AACGAAACUGAAAGAUGAACGCACGUUUUCUCCCAAACCUAGCUGUCCUUAUAUAAAGCAGAGUGAACUCACAUCCUGCAUUCUUGGAAGAACGUAAGGAGAGUGAUACGGGCACCAACAUGCAGUACGAGUGGGCUGAAGAUGACUUUGAUGUGCCCGAUGGGGUGGUUCCACUGGGCCUCUCGGCGCCAAGUGAUAAUAGAAAGUACGUCAUGUACCAUGGCACCACCAAGGAGAGUGCUAACUUAAUCCUGGCCAAGGGUUUUCGCCAGUCUCCAGGCGGGAUGCUCGGCCGCGGCGUCUACCUCAGCAGAGACCUGAAGAAAGCUAGCCGCUAUCCUAUCGGUCACCCUGAGUCUGACAAGGUCGUCAUUAAGGUUAAGGUCAACGUGGGGAAAGUGAUCGCCAUCAACCAUCAAUACCACCCAUAUCGGGAGACCUGGCAUGACUACGGCUACGACACUGCCUGGGUGCCACCCAACUGUGGAAUGGUGAAGAGCGGUUUGGAGGAGGAUUGUGUCUGGGAUCCCGAACGAAUCAAUAUCCUUAACAUCAUCAACCCACGUCCAGUCAAACCCUCCAGUGGAUAUGGUGCACGCGGCUACAAGUGUGAUACUGAGACCAAAAUGCAGUACGUGUGGGCUGAAGAUGACUUUGUUCUGCCCUAUGGGGUGUUUCCACUGGGCGUCUAUGCGCCAUGUGAUGAUAGAAACUACGUCAUGUACCAUGGCACCACCAGGGAGAAUGCUACAUUAAUCUUGAAAAACGGUUUUCUUCAGUCUCCAGGCGGGAUGCUCGGCCGCGGCGUCUACCUCAGCAGAGACCUGCAGAAAGCUAGCCGUUAUCCUCUCCAUCACCCUGAGUAUGACAAGGUCGUCAUUACGGUUGGGGUCAACGUCGGGAAAGUGAUCGCUAUCAACCAUCAAAAACACCCAUAUCGGGAGACCUGGCAUUACUACGGCUACGACACCGCCUGGGUGCCACCCAACUGUGGAAUGGUGAAAAGUGGUUUGGAGGAGGAUUGUGUCUGGGAUCCCAAUCGGAUCCAGAUCCUUAACACCAUCAACCCACGUCCAGUCCAAGGUGGAUAUUGUGCAUGGUGCUACAUGAAUACGGUCACCAACAUGCAGUACGAGUGGGCUGAAGAUGACUUUGCGCUGCCCUAUGGGGUGGUUCCACUUGGCAUCUCUGCGCCAUGUGAUAAUAACAACUACGCCAUGUACCAUGGCACCACCAGGGAGAAUGCUACAUUAAUCCUGAAAAACGGUUUUCUUCAGUCUCCAGGCGGGAUGCUCGGCCGCGGCGUCUACCUCAGCAGAGACCUGCAGAAAGCUAGCCGCUAUCCUAUCGGUCACCCUGAGCAUGACAAGGUCGUCAUUAAGGUUUGGGUCAACGUCGGGAAAGUGAUCAUUAUCAACCAUCAAAACCACCCAUAUCAGAAGACCUGGCAUGACUACGGCUACGACACCGCCUGGGUGCCACCCAACUGUGGAAUGGUGAAAAGCGGUUUGGAGGAGCACUGUGUCUGGGGUCCCAAUCGAAUCAAGAUCCUUAAAACCAUCAACCCACGUCCAGUCCAAGGUGGAAAUAGUGCAUGGGGCUCCAUGAAUACGGUCACCAACAUGCAGUACGAGUGGGCUGAAGAUGACUUUGAUCUGCCUUAUGGGGUGGUUCCACUGGGCAUCUCUGCGCCAGGUGAUAAUAGAAACUACAUCAUGUACCAUGGCACCACCAAGAGCAAUGCUCAAGUUAUCCUGACCAACGGUUUUAGCCAGUCUACAGGCGGGAUGCUCGGCCGCGGCGUCUACCUCAGCAGAGACCUGCAGAAAGCUAGCCGCUAUCCUAUCGGUCACCCUGAGUAUGACAAGGUCGUCAUUAAGGUUAAGGUCAACGUGGGGAGAGUGAUCGCCAUCAACCAUCAAUACCACCCAAAGCAGAAGACCUGGCAUGACUACGGCUACGACACCGCCUGGGUGCCACCCAACUGUGGAAUGGUGAAAAGCGGUUUGGAGGAGGAUUGUGUCUGGGAUCCCAAUCGAAUCAAGAUCCUUAAAACCAUCAACCCACGUCCAGUCCAAGGUGGAAAUAGUGCAUGGGGCUACAUGUGAGCUCUACGAGCUGUCACCAAUUUAUUUUUCUAUGCUCAAAUGUAUUUUUAUAUAUUUGGAUAAAAGGUCAAUGACAUUUGCAUUUUGUCACUGUGUCAUUGUAACCUGGAAAAUAAAUGGGUCAUGUUAAA